CGUCACAUGCCAGGAGGGGGUUCUCCAGUGACGAUAAGGCCGCGUAGCGGAGCAGUCAGCCACAGACAAGGGGAAGAAAGGCUGUGGCUGGUACGGACGGUGCUGUCUGGCUGCAAUAGAAACAAAAGCGAGCGGUCUGUUCGAGCAUAAAGCGGAAUUGUGUCCCUUGGAUCAUACAUCGUUACUCUAAUGGUGAUCGGAUACCCGGGUUAUUGAUCGGGUCCAUGCUAGCUAGAGCCAUGAGCGGUCUACUGAAGAGGAAGUUUGAGGUCUAUGAUGAGGACCAGUGUUACUCCUCGUCCUCCUCCCGGUCGUCCUCAGCUUACUCCGGGUGGGACUCGGAGGGCGAGAGCUGCUACUCAGACACCCUUGACUCAACACCCAGCAACCCUGGCUCUCCAGACACACAUUGCAGCACCAAGUCCAUCCUGAAGAAGGCUAAGCGUGAACGGCUAGUGCGGGGCAACGUGACCUUUGACAUGGUGACAGUGUUUGUCUUCCCACGGUGCCAGGGCUUCAGCAGUGUGCCCAGUAGAGGGGGCUGUUCCCUGGGCAUGAUGCAGCGCCACAGCGCCCUCCGCAGGUACACCCUGGAUGAGUACGCUGUGGAACAACACACCCUCCGUCGGGAGAAACUCCUCGACCGCCUCCGAGAGGAGAAACUGGACGCUCUCAAACAGAAACUGACUAAGGGAGGCACGGUGGAGUCAGAGGAGGCUGACUGCCUCACCAUCGAAGACAUCCCAGAGGACGAGAUGGACGUUAGCAGCUGUAACCUAGACGACGGCUCCUUCCUCCACCCCUACCCCUCCAAGAGGAGACAUGCCCUGCUGAAGGCUGCGGGGGUGAAGGUGGAGAAGGAGGAGAAGAAGCAGCUGCAGCAGCUCAGAGUGUCCAGGGAGGACUGUGGGUGUGACUGCCAGGGUUUCUGUGAGCCAGAGACCUGCGCCUGCAGCCUGGCAGGCAUCAAGUGUCAGAUGGACCACUCGUCAUUUCCCUGCGGCUGCACUAAGGAUGGCUGCGGUAACCAGGAAGGUCGUAAAGAGUUCAACUCCAGCCGGGUUCAGACCCACUACAUCCACACCAUCAUGAAGCUAGAGCUGGAGAAGAGACUGGAGGAGACAUCUGGACCAGAGGAAGAGGACCCGGGAGAGACCACCUUCUACUUCAGCUCAGAGCUGGCAUCGGUCGGGGAGAACAGCUGUAGCAGUGACAUGACAGACUCCUCUGCCUCCUCGGGGGGGAGUGAGGACUCAGAGGAAGGGGCGGAGUUAGGCCGGGAGGACGAUGUGGAUGAAAACGGACUGAGCCGCAUCCUCAGCGACAACGACUAUAACGUAAACAACUAUGUUGUUAAUGACAACCGCUGUUGCCCCGAGCAAUGUCUACAGCAGCAGCAGCAGGCGUCGUCCAUGACGACAACAACACAGAUGUUGGGAGGGUUUAGCACGGCAGACUUCCCAGAGGAGAAUGACAAUCUAGAGGUGCACACAGACAACCGGGCCAUGGCCAUAUCACUGUUAGAUGAUAACACUAACCAAGGCAACGGUCUGUUCCACCUCAGCAGCUGCAGAAUCUCUAACCCCUCAUCUCCCUCAGUAGACUGCCCCAACGCCCUCUCUCCCUCCGUAGACUGCCCCAACACCCCAUCCCCCUCAGUAGAUGGCACCGCUGCCAGCUACAUGGACCUCAGCCUGUCCUCAGAGUCUCACCUGGAGUUCUUUGAUGGUUUCUGUCUGGGUCCUUCCUCCCUCUACAACUCACUAACGGAUUACCAACACAUGGACAACUUCUUUCACUUCCAGCAGCCUAGUUACGCCAGCAGCCAAUCACAGGCCAUCGACCCCGGGACCUGCCUCCUGGAGUCUCUGAUUGGUCUGCCAGAAUCUGACCCAGAACCCCCUGCAACGUUCACAGACAAUCAGCUGUUGGAAGAAGCUGUCAGGGGUUAACUAUCGGGACCUGAACCGCCAACUGUGUUCUGGACUAUGUAGUGAAUUAGGGGGGAUGGGGGUCAGUGUAAACAGACUGCUGUUGGAAGAAGCUGUGAUUUCUCUCUUGCCUUCCAAUUGUUAGCAAAGCAGUUGGUAAUUAUCGCUUUAUGAAAUGGCAGCUAACAUUUCAGUUGGUAAUUAUCGCUUUAUGAAAUGGCAGCUAACAUUUCAGUUGGUAAUUAUCGCUGUAUGAAAUGGCAGCUAACAUUUCAGUUGGUAAUUAUCGCUUUAUGAAAUGGCAGCUAACAUUUCAGUUGGUAAUUAUCGCUGUAUGAAAUGGCAGCUAACAUUUCAGUUGGUAAUUAUCGCUGUAUGAAAUGGCAGCUAACAUUUCAGUUGGUAAUUAUCGCUUUAUGAAAUGGCAGCUAACAUUUCAGUUGGUAAUUAUCGCUGUAUGAAAUGGCAGCUAACAUUUCAGUUGGUAAUUAUCGCUGUAUGAAAUGGCAGCUAACGUUUCAGUUGGUAAUUAUCGCUGUAUGAAAUGGCAGCUAACGUUUCAUAAAAGUGAGAUUUAAAAUAAGUAAUUUUCUACAUUGUAGAAAUAAUAGGGAAGACAUGAAACCUAUGAAAUAACACAUGUUGGGUUUUAUAUGUCGCUAAAUGUCAACCUCCGAAACCAAGAAUAGUACAGCUGGGUAUUAAUGAAUACUCUGGGAAACCAAAAAUGGUUUUCAAAACACCUAUAACUGUUAUCUACAUAUUAUUGUUUUAAUUUAUUUCUUUUAUGAUUUUCUAUUUAUUUUCAGAUAAAAACCUACUAAAGCUAUGCUGAAGCAGCACUGUGGUUUGAUAUUUAUAACCUGGAAGUGCAAUCUUUCCUUAUGUAUCAAAUGUGUCCCAAAUGGCACACUAUUCCCUAUGUAGUACCCUACUUCCCAUAGGGCUCUGGUCUAAAAUAGUGCACUAUAUAGGGAAUAGGGUGCCAUUUGAAACUGAAUCCGUAUUAGACAUAGUCGGCAAUAUGGGAUUAUAGAAAAGACCAUUGGGAAAGUAUUUAAUCUUUGUUCUCUUAUUGUUUAAACAACAUUUUGGUUAAAUUAUUUUAGUAGUUUGAUUUAAUUUAUGACAUGUUGGGCAAUAAGAGAUCGGUGUUGUUUACUCAGGAGGGCUAUGGCCUAAUCCCAAAUCAUUCCCUAAACCCUACGCCAUUGUGGAGAUCUGAGGUGAUUUGAUUGGUAUAAGCAAUAUAAUGAAACUUCCACCUAGCCUAUCAGAGCGCAAGGGGGAGCUAUUACCAUAUGGACUGCACCGGUCAGAUCCAAUCAGCUCUCCACACGAGUAGGGUUGAGGGGUCGAUUCGGCCAACGUCACAGUGCUUCUGUUUGAGCUGUGGGACUGUACUGUGUUCCUAUUUUAUAGAUCAAAAUGUAGAAUUCUGGCUCUGCUGUAGAUACUGCUAUCUAUAAUGUUACCAUAGAGAAUCACUCUAAUAUUUUAUAAAUCAUUUGUGUAGAUUGAAAGAAUUUUAAAUCUGUCAAUGAAAUAAUUUUAUUAAGAAAAUGCAAUUUUUUUUUUUUUUUUAAAUAUUGAAAUCUUUGUAAUAGAUAAAUAUAGACUUAUUAUGAAAGCUUUUGCUUUCCAGUAUUUUUCAUAUGAACUAUGAAAUGCCACUAAAACAAAAUGGAUUAGAAAAGCAUCCAUGUGGUUGUUGUGACUGAGACAACGUGAUAUAUUUAUGCAGAAAGACUGUUUGCCUCAUUAAGUCCUCAAGCAGACCUCAUUUGGUUACGUGGAAAAUUGAAAAAAAACCCAAAGCCACCAACAGAACAGAACUUCUCUGGUGGAAAUGCAGCUAAAUAAAGACAUGGCAACUAGGGGUAUUUAUUACAUUCCUGAAUGGAGAGCAAACCAGAGCAGUUUUUCACUCAUCGUCUCUGACCGUUUUUUAAAAGCUGUUCAUUUCAUCCAAGUCCCUUUUUGGACAGUUUGUCCUUUUUUUAUUUUAUUUUAAUAAAACUUUUUUCUUAAAUGCU